UAAUGAGCUCAUAAGGAUGUAGUUUUAUUUAACAUAUUUAGAAAAUACUAAAUUAUAUACAAUCUAAUCGAACAAUAGUUAAACAUUUACAAAUAAACCAAGAAUGGUCAAAUAUUAAGUCUUAAGAAAAUAAAAUGGUUUAGGAUCAAGAAUCAUUAGAUAACUAGAUCCUAAUGUAGAAGAAUAAAUUAUUGAAACUUGCAAGUCUCUUAUGCCAACACGACCAGAUACAUAAUAAUCAAAAUAAAAAAGUGGAACUUAAACUGUCUUAGAAAAACCAGAAACUCGAGAAAAAAUGGCAUCUAGACUUAGAACUCCAAAAUCAGAAGGUUUAUUAAGAUUUAAGAGUCAAGAAAAUUAAAUUGAAGACUUUUAACCAAUAAAUUAAUAAUUCAAUUAUGUAGAUGAAAUUCCAUUAGAUCACCCUAUUUGGAAAUUAAUUUUGCCAGAUGUUUAAAGUGUUAAUAUUCCUAAACUUAUUAAUGAUAAUCCAGAUUAUUUCCAUCAUUAAUUAGGUAAAUUUAUUCAAUUAAUUUAUAGGAUUUUGUGCUUGUUAUAAAUGUGAAUGUGGUUAAUGUAAAUGCAAUUUCUCUAAAACUUGUAAAUUGAAUUAUUCAUCCUCUCAAAAUACUGUUUAUGGAAAAGAUUUUUUACAUAAAUAAACUGAAUAUAAUGCUCUAAGACCAUUAAAUUAAACUUAUUAUUCAACUUAAUUUUGUAAUCAAAAACCUAUUGAUUAAUAAAGUUUGCAUUAAGUAAAUUCAAAUUUUUAUUUAGACAUCAUAUAAAUAAUUCAAAGUACCUGUAUAAGAAAUGCUUAGGCCAUAAUCUCAAGAGCAUCGAGGAGAUUUCUUAGGCAACAGUAGUUACAAAGUAACCUAUUAAAAGUGAGAUUUAGACUCAAUUUAAAUUUUGGGGACCACCAGAAACUGCUCAUUUUAAAAGACCUGUUCAUUAAAGUGUGAGUGAUCAAAUACCUUUCACAGCUUAAUCUUUAUAUUAAGAUUCAUUUGCAAAUAAACCUUAUUAAAAACCUAGUGAUUCAUUAAAGAUGGUUACUGAAUUGUAAUAAAUUUAAAUAUAUAAUAUAAAGAACACCUUUACCUACUGGAUAACCUUUUGUCUCAUAAUCAUAAACAUAAUUGGCAUAUCAACCAUUCAGAAUUUAAAAGAAUCCUAAAUUAAAUAGUGAUAAAAUUAAUGAUUAUGGAAGAAGUCCAAAAUAUGAUACUCAAUAUAAAAGUCUUGUGAAUACAGAAUACACUCCAAAAAGACAAAGAUAUUGUCCAGCAAAGGAAUACAUAGCUCAUUAUUAAUAAAGAGCAUUAUAAAAAUUAAAAUAAUAAUAAUGAA